AAAUGUAACAAAUAAUUAUAACAACUUAUUAGUAAAAUCAAAUGUUGACGCUAUCCUCCACAGUUUGGAAACCUCAGUCCUAACUGUAUCAUUUCAUUUAGAGGAUAUAAUGAACGCUAUCAUGCUUAGUAGUCAAAACAUUCUACACCCGUCCAUUUUAACUCCUACGCAACUGUAUCAAGAACUUGUUGAUAAUUUUAAUUAUAAUUUUAUAAAUUGAUGGUCUUGCCUUAAAUUACCCGUAGCCUUAGAAUUAAGUCGUAUCCAUUUAUUAAUGAAUGUAUCGAAUGUUAUUUGUUAUAGUCUAAAUAAUAAGAUCAUUUUUGUAUUAAGAAUACCUUUAGUAUCUUCUAAAGAAUAUAGCUUGUAUCAUAUAUAGCAUUACCUACACCCCAUAUUAGUUUUAAGCCAGAUACGUUUAUUUUCAUUGUACCUAGUAGUAAGUAUAUCGCAUUGACAAAGUAUAAAAGCGAAUAUUGUAACCUCGAAACUUUGAAAGAGUGCAAAGUAAUAACCCCCCAGGAAUUUUUAUUGUGACGUCAAGACAGUUUAUUCAACAAGUGCAAAUCCGAGUUAUGAAAGUGAACUUAUUUCUAGUGUUGUUAGCACAUUACCCAAUCAUUGUCAAACCGACCUCCUAUAUGGACAUUUAGACAUUUGGACUUUAUAAUAACAAUUGGAUUUAUGUACAAUCGGAGAGUAAUAAAUUAUACACAGAGUUAUUUCUAAAAGAAUUUAAUAUAAUUGGUACAGGAAUUGUAAAACUACCUAAUAAGCAAAAGCACUAGAUUAAUACCUAAGUUUAAUAUUAUAAGAAUUAAUGUAUCUAAUUUCCAUAGUGAUUUCAUUAUUAUAAAUGACUCUUGUUGUAACCUUAAUAAAUUUAAGGAUCAAUUGAAUAGCCGCGUACUGACUGAGCGAGCAGCCUCGCGAGGCAGCCGCGCGAGGCAAAUCCUCGGUCGGUCAAGACGCGCCUCGGCCGAGGCAAACGCACGCGCUGCCUCGCCCGAGCGUGCCGCGACCCGAGCCAAACGUUGUCGGUUUUUGUCCAUGCUCAAAGGCGCCUCAGUACGUUUGCCGCGCGCACUCAAGACGGUCGUGUUUUGCCUCGCUUGUUCGACGAAUACGGAAUAGAGAACAUAAGUAUAAUUAUAUUAUCAUGAAUAGAGAACAGUGUCUCAAAUUAAUACAUUUAUAUGGAGAAUAUAAACUACUUUGGGAUGCGCAAUGUCCUAAUUAUACCAACAGAGGACUAAGAGAAGAUGCGUGGAAUAACAUAAAUCGUGAAAUGAACAUUCCAAUAAUGGAUUUAAAAAAAAAGAUGGAGUCUUUGCUAGGAUCCUAUAGGAGGGAAAGGUCACGUGAAAAGAAAAGCCGUAUCACAGGAUCAGGUCGUGGUGACAUAUAUAAAUCAAAUUGGUACGCCUAUGAAGCUUUCAGCUUCCUGGGCGAUAGAAACCAUCCAGGAAAUACUCAAGAUACUUUACCUGAAGACAAUGCAUGUCACAGUGAAAUUCAAAAUGAUGGAAGUCAAAGUAAAACUCGAAAUGAUGGCAGUGAAAAUGAAACUCAAAAUAGUGGCAGUCAAAGUGAAACUCAAAAUCAAGUCGGUAAUGAAAAUACAGUUAAAGAAACCAGAAAUGAAUAUACGAGAGCAAAGAAGAGAACUAAAAGAACUGAGCCAAAUGAUUUAACUGAUAAUGCUAUAUCAGAAGCCUUAACACUAUUACAACAGUGUGCAAGUGAUAGUGCUGCUUCGGAAAAACAUGACUCCUACGAUGUUUAUGGGCAAUAUGUCGCAAAUGAGUUGCGAAAAUAUGACGCUUUUACUUUAGCACAUGUAAAGCAUGCUAUAAAUAAAAUUAUUUUCGAAGCGGACAUGGGAGCAUACCCAUCAUACACUGGUUAUUAUACUCAAUCAUACAGUGGGCUAAACAGUUCCAAUAAUACGUCUUGUCUUUCUUCCUCACCGAUGCCUCCUCAAUCACCGAUGCCUCCUCAAUCACAGAUGCCUCCUACCUCACCGAUGCCUCCUACCUCACCGAUGCCUCCUACCCCACCGAUCCCUCCUACCUCACCGAUGCCCCCUCCGCCUCCUCAUCCUCAUUGUUAGAUAAGUACUUGUUUAAUUAAGCGUUUCAUAUUAAUUGUCUUUUUGUCUAUUUGUCAUGUUGUAAUAAUUAAUAAAAAUGUACGAAAAAUGGAAUAAAA